AGGCGGUAGCUGGCUGCGAACUGCUGGGAGCUCUCGCAGUCGUUGACUAGCCACUACCGUGUACAUGUACAAUUCCAUGUACUCCGUAGUCCGUACAAUACACAACCAUCACCAUCUCUCUUCCAUUUGGAAAGGAAAGCAGCUCGGCGUGCUCCUUCGGCUCAGCUCCACCGGCACCGGCGCCCGUGCAAAUCAAUCAUCACUUUCAGCUCCUAUGCUGCUCGGGGUGGCCAAGCUGCAGCUGCAGGCCACCGCCGCGGCGGCGUUCCGGAGGAACGGCACCCGCCGCCGCCCCCUUCUCGUCCCCGUCCCCGCUCGCCACCCGUCGGGCGCCUCAGCCGGCAGAUUCGCCGCCUGCUUCGUCGCGUGCCUCCUCGCCCUCGCCGCCGCCACCGUCCUCGCGCUCACCCUCCGCCGCCUCGACCCCGACGCCGCCUCGCCACGCGGCGGCGGCGGCGGCUAUGUCGUGGUGGUCAACACGUGGAAGCGCUACGGGCUCCUCAGGAGAGCCGUGGCGCACUACUCCGGCUGCGCCGGCGUGGACGCCGUCCACGUCGUGUGGAGCGAGCCGCGGGAGCCGCCUGAGGCCCUGCGCCGGAGCGUCCUCAACUGCAGCUCCGCCGCGGAGGUGCGCUUCGAGGUCAACCGGGAGGACAGCCUCAACAACAGGUUCAGGCCGAUCCAGGGGCUCAGGACGGACGCCGUCUUCUCCGUCGACGACGACCUCAUCGUCCCGUGCGCCACGCUGCGCUUCGCCUUCUCAGUCUGGCGGAGCGCGCCCUCUGCCAUGGUGGGCUUCGUGCCCCGAAUGCACUGGCUUGCUGACCCGAGAAGCAAUACAGAGGAAUUCCGAUAUGCAAGCUGGUGGUCAGUUUGGAGGACAGGGACAUACAGUAUGAUUCUUUCAAAAGCGAGUUUUUUCCACAAGAAGUAUUUGGAUCUAUAUACCAAUCAUAUGCUACCGUCUAUUCGUGAUUAUGUGACAGAGAACAGGAAUUGUGAGGAUAUUGCUAUUUCUUUUCUCGUUGCAAAUGUAACUGGAGCUCCACCUAUAUGGGUCCAAGGAGGUCACACUCAUGCCCAGAUUAUUGAUAUUACUGCAGGAAGGAUAUACGAGAUCGGAUCAAGUGGCAUCAGCAGUUUAAAAGGCCACGAUCUGCAGAGAUCUAGAUGUCUGAAUAAAUUCGCUGCCAUGUAUGGACAUAUGCCCCUGGUAGCAACCACAGCCAAGGCUGUUGAUAGCCGAACUAGUUGGUUCUGGUGAUACGUUUUUCAGUUCGGUCUAGCCCUGUUUUGCCUUCACCUAUUAGGGUCUGCCUAGCACAUACUAUCAGGCUAGCGUACUUGUACAUAAUUCAACAACUUCUGAGAACACAUACCAGAUUACUGACACGCUGAAUCGAAGGUACAGUGCCCCUCUAAAUGAUAUAUGGCUCUUUGUAAAUUGUGUGCCGGGAAACUGAAUCUGUUUAUGAACUUGCACUUCCUUUUAGGCAGGCAUAAUACCAAUUCUUAUUUCUCGCA